UCAGGAGCGAGGGGCUGACGCAGGGCUGGGCCUCGCGCGGUUGGGCUCGCUCGCGAGGCCGCGGUAACCGAGGCCUCUUGCUUUAGCGGCACGUGACGGUCGGGCCACCUCCGCGGCUGUCUGCACUGCAGCGCGGGGCCAGGUGUGCGGGUAGGAGAAGGCACGGGCACCGCGGUUGGCCGCAGGGGCUGUAGGUCAUGGAAGGGAAGUGGUUACUCUGUGUGUUCCUGGCACUUGGAGCUGUUGCUGUUCGAGCUCAUGAUGGACAUGAUGAAGAUAUGAUUGAUAUUGAGGAUGAUCUUGAUGAUGUCAUUGAAGAGGUAGAAGAUUCAAAAUCAAAACCAGAUACCAGCAGUCUUCCUCCAUCUCCAAAGGUUACCUACAAAGCUCCAAUCCCAACAGGAGAAGUUUAUUUUGCGGAAUCCUUUGAUAGAGGAUCUCUGACAGGGUGGAUUUUAUCCAAAGCCAAGAAGGACGACACUGAUGAGGAAAUUGCCAAGUACGAUGGACAGUGGGAGGUUGACGAAAUGAAGGAAACGAAGCUGCCAGGAGAUAAGGGGCUCGUGUUGGUGUCUCGGGCCAAGCAUCAUGCCAUCUCGGCCAAGCUGAACAAGCCCUUCGGAUUUGACACCAAGCCUCUCAUUGUUCAGUAUGAGGUUAAUUUCCAGAAUGGAAUAGAGUGUGGUGGUGCAUAUGUGAAACUGCUUUCCAAAACUCCGGAACUCAGCUUGGAUCAGUUUCACGACAAGACCCCCUAUACGAUCAUGUUUGGUCCAGAUAAAUGUGGAGAGGACUAUAAGUUACACUUCAUCUUCCGACAUAAAAACCCCAAGACAGGAGUAUAUGAAGAAAAGCAUGCUAAGAGGCCAGACGCAGACCUGAAGACCUAUUUCACUGAUAAGAAGACCCAUCUUUAUACGUUAAUCUUGAAUCCAGAUAAUAGUUUUGAAAUACUAGUUGACCAGUCUGUCGUGAACAGUGGGAAUUUGUUGAAUGACAUGACACCUCCUGUAAAUCCAUCACAAGAAAUUGAGGACCCGGAAGAUCGGAAGCCUGAAGACUGGGAUGAGCGGCCUAAGAUAGCGGAUCCUGAUGCUGUUAAGCCAGAUGACUGGGAUGAGGAUGCCCCUGCUAAGAUUCCGGACGAAGAGGCCACGAAACCUGAAGGUUGGUUAGAUGAUGAGCCGGAGUAUGUACCUGAUCCAGAUGCAGAAAAGCCAGAGGACUGGGAUGAGGACAUGGAUGGAGAAUGGGAGGCCCCUCAGAUUGCCAACCCGAAAUGUGAGUCUGCCCCUGGCUGUGGGGUCUGGCAGCGACCUAUGAUUGACAACCCCAAUUACAAGGGCAAAUGGAAGCCACCUAUGAUUGACAACCCUAACUACCAGGGAAUCUGGAAACCCAGGAAAAUACCGAAUCCAGAUUUCUUUGAGGAUCUAGAACCUUUCAAGAUGACUCCAUUUAGCGCCAUUGGUUUGGAGCUGUGGUCCAUGACUUCUGACAUCUUUUUUGACAACUUUAUCAUCAGCAGCGAGCGAUCAGUGGUUGAUGACUGGGCCAAUGAUGGCUGGGGCCUGAAGAAAGCUGCUGAUGGGGCUGCUGAGCCAGGUGUCGUGGGACAGAUGCUUGAGGCAGCCGAGGAGCGCCCAUGGCUCUGGGUGGUCUACAUUUUGACUGUAGCUUUGCCUGUGUUCCUUGUCAUCCUCUUCUGCUGUUCUGGAAAGAAACAGUCCACUGCUAUGGAGUACAAGAAGACUGAUGCUCCUCAACCAGAUGUGAAGGAAGAGGAAGAGAAGGAAGAAGAGAAGGACAAGGGAGACGAGGAGGAGGAAGGGGAGGAGAAGCUUGAAGAAAAACAAAAAAGUGAUGCUGAAGAAGAUGGUGGCACUAUUAGUCAAGAGGAGGAAGAUAGAAAACCUAAAGCAGAGGAGGAUGAAAUUUUGAACAGAUCACCAAGAAACAGAAAGCCGCGAAGAGAGUGAAACAAUCUUGAGAACUUGCUGUGAUUUCUUCUCCCUCCCCUUCCCUUGCAAGUGUGGUCCUAGGAGAGGACCUGGCCUACCAUAGGUUGACACUCAGAAACCUCCGACGUCACCAUCAACAGGUUCCAGCUGAACACUAGUCUGUGUCCUUAAACAUCUAGCAGUAAAUAAUUGCAGUUGUGACAUAAAGAAAGGACCCUGUUUCUGUAGAAGAGAAAACAUUUAAUGUAAUGGUUGUGAAAUGUAACACAAAGCAACUAACUUGUAAUUUUGUUUUGCUAUGUUUUUAAACACCUUUUUAAAAUAGAAUCAUAAAACCUUGCCAGUCUAAAAUUUUGGCUUAAUUUAUUAAUCUGUCUGAGCAGAAAUAACACCAACAUUUAGAAAUACUAGGGAAAUAGCAGUUUUUAUAACAGUUUUUUUUUAAGUUUUGGUAUUAAAAACAUUCAGAUGUCUCUGUCCCUUAAAACUGAUAAUCAUGUUUAAAAUGCAGACAUUUGUGGUUAUGAUGUUACUUUGCUUGCUUCCAUUACUCAGUUCCUCCUAAGGAAAUGGAGGAGGGACUGGAUGGAAGCCCAAAUUUAUAUAAAAGUUCUGUUUAAGUUGUAUUAGAAAUAGAUACCUAAAAGUACACCUUUUCACUUGAUGUUGGUUAGACCAUAUGUGUUCUGUAGCCCUUGGAACUGUGGUUUCCAGACAGCUUUGCCAUUAGUGGAGAAGAUGGCCUACUGCAGCACUCGGGCGAUCAUACUCCGUGCACAGGAGGCUCUGGACUUGGCCUUGGGUACAGGUGGCUUUUUGAGGAUUGCUGACAGGGUAUGUGAGCUCCAGAGCAGGAGUGUCCAUCACUUGUCCACUGUGUUGACACUGUGUUCCUCACCUAGUCCCAGUUCCCAGCUUUCUCCUCUGCUAUGCAUUGUCUCUUCAGCGCAGCUUACAGUCUGUUGCGGAAAAUGAUUACAAAGCGCUGCAUAGUGUUAAGCUUUAUUGUGAUUACAUGUAUGUUUCUGGUUUUUUUUGUUUUGUUUUGUUUUAGCAGACCCAUACCUUUCCAGGGUCAAAGUACAGGACAGAAUAUAAACUUUGAUACUUUUUUCCAUUUCAUUAAUUCUGUGUAAAGACUUUAGAAAUCUAAUCCAGAGAUGGGCCAAUUCAGAACUGACUGUAAUUGAACACAGGCUAAAAGUAUUUAUGUGAGGAGUGACAUACAGCAUGAGUUAUUGAUUUUUGUAGAAUAUUUUAAGUCUAUUUGCAGUUCAUGUAACAGUCAUGUCUUCAAUUUACACAAUAAAGCAGUUCUGUUGAAUUUUU